AUGGGGAAUUCAUAUGCAGGGCAACUAAAAUCUGCCCGUUUUGAAGAAGCUCUUCAUAACUCUAUAGAAGCUUCUCUGAGAUGUAGCAGCGUUGUCCCACGGCCAAUCUUCUCACAGCUGUACCUGGAUCCUGACCAGCCACCUUUCUUGCCGGAAGAUGUGAAGCCAAAGGUAGAAGAGUUGGAUAAAGAGUUAGUACAUCGCUAUUCACAAAAUGGAAGCCUGGACUUUUCCACCAACCAAACUGUUAAUGAAAUGGAAGAGGAAGAGGAGGAUGAAGACAUGUCAGAUUCAAGUAGUCCACCAAUCCCAUAUUCACAAAAACCUGCCCCAGAAGGGUCUUGCACUACUGAUGGUUUUUGUCAAGCAGGCAAGGAUUUACGGUUAGUAUCGCUGUGCAUGGAGCAAAUUGAUAUCCCAGCAGGCUUCCUGUUAGUAGGAGCCAAAUCUCCUAACCUUCCUGAGCACAUUCUAGUCUGCGCUGUUGACAAGCGGUUUUUGCCAGAUGAUCAUGGAAAAAAUGCACUUUUAGGAUUUUCUGGGAAUUGUAUAGGCUGUGGAGAAAGAGGAUUUCGGUACUUCACAGAGUUUUCCAAUCAUAUCAACCUGAAAUUAACCACUCAGCCAAAGAAGCAGAAGCACUUAAAGUACUACCUAGUAAGAAGUUCCCAAGGUGUACUGUCAAAGGGACCCCUUAUUUGCUGGAAAGAAUGUAGAAGCAGGCAAUCAUCCGCUGCUAGCCUCUCUGCUAAACCAAAUUCUUCGGUGUCACCGUCCACGACCCCAGAGGGUGGAUCAGCUAAUGGAUACAAAUCAGGGUUCACUCAGACAGAUUCUUCAGUAUUCAGUCCAGCAAAAUCAUCUUCUGCUGUUAACUUAAGUGGAACUCAAGACCCAUCCCGGAACAAGAGCGUUGCAAAACCCCUGGCUCUGUCAGUACAGCUUGUAGGAAAGGCAUUUUCUGCAGCUCCUCUUUCACUACGUGCCAACGAUGUUGCUAAUGGAAACGCUAAUGGAGGAAGAAAUAGUGUAUUGAGUUCUACAGUCUCUCGGCCAAUGCCUCACUCUACAUCUCCAAGCCCUGGCUCUGCAGCUGGAGACCAAGCAUCAAUGUCCAGUUCUGGACCACCAAAGAAACGUCACCGGGGAUGGUCUCCUGGGUCCCCAGUCCCUCCUCCUGGUUUAGCGGUACCUGUUCCUACAAUUCGGCCUUCGACAAGAACGGAGCCUCUUUUGUCAGCCCCAGUUCCUCAAUCCAUGUUAACUGGAAUUUUACAGCCUCAACCCAUCCCAGCAGGGGAGACUGUAAUAGUUCCUGAAAACCUGCUGAAUAACUCGGGAGUCAGACCAGUGAUUCUGAUAGGUUAUGGCACUUUACCUUAUUUCUAUGGAAAUGUUGGUGAUAUUGUUGUAAGUCCCUUGCUGGUGAAUUGCUACAAGAUUCCACAACUGGAAAACAAAGAUUUGGAUCUCUUGGGUUUGUCCAGCAGUCAGCUGCUAAGUGUGGAGAAUAUGAUACUUUUAACUAUUCAGUAUCUUGUCCAACUAGGUCCUGACCAGAUACCCCUGAGGGAAGAAUUUGAGCAGAUCAUGUUGAAAGCUAUGCAGGAGUUCACUCUGCGAGAGCGAUCCUUGCAAAUGAGCGCACAGUGUAUCUCUGUGUCACCAGGUCAACUCCCUUGGCUUGCUAGGUUAAUCGCUAGUGUGUCCCGGGACCUCGUGCACGUGGUUGUUACCCAGAAUUCACUGGCAGAGGGCAUCUCAGAGACCUUGAGGUCUCUCAAUGAAAUGAAACAUCAGCAAAAGCUACCAGAUUAUGUUGUUGCCAUUUGUGCAUCAAAGAUAAGAGGAAAUGAAUUCUGCGUGGUAGUCCUAGGUCAAUAUCAAUCUAGGGCACUUGCAGAAAGCAUGCUUACCACCAGUGAAUUUUUAAAAGAGAUCAGUUAUGAGCUCAUCACAGGGAAAGUUAGUUUCCUGGCAUCGCAUUUCAAAAAUACGUCUUUAGGUGAUGAUUUGGACAAGCUGCUGGAGAAAAUGCUACAGCAGCGAGGGGAGAGUGUCAUUAUUCCUUUUAAUGGAGAUGUUAGCGAGUGUGUGUCAUCUCAGGAGGCAAUUGCCAUGGUUUCUACACAAGAACCAGAUUUGGAUGUUGAUACCUUCCAAAUUUACCAGCCACAGCUUACAGUUGCCAGAAAGCUCUUGUCCCAGGUUUGUGCUAUAGCAGACAGUGGCAAUCAGACCCUGGAUCUGGGCCACUUCAGCAAAGUAGACUUCAUCGUUAUAGUUCCCCGUUCGGAAGUCCUGGUGCAGCAGACCCUUCAACGGAUUCGACAAUCAGGUGUCCUUGUGGACUUGGGCCUUGAAGACAAUGGAACGGCGUAUCAGAGAGCCGAGAAAUACGUGGUUCGGCUAGACAAUGAGAUUCAAACAAAAUUUGAAGUUUUUAUGAGACGAGUGAAGCAGAAUCCCUAUACACUGUUUGUGCUGGUUCAUGACAAUGCCCAUGUGGAUUUAACAAGUGCCAUUUCAAGUUCCCUGUCACAUGGUGAGCCUAGUCAUGGUCUGGCUGAUAGAGUUAUUAAUUGCAGGGAGGUCCUUGAAGCAUUCAACCUCCUUGUUCUUCAGGUCAGCUCUUUUCCUCAUGCCUUGCAAACGCAGCAGUCCAGGAUCAGCUCUAGCAAUGAGGUACAUUGGAUACAAUUUGACACUGUGGAUGAUGCAGCAAGUGAAGACAAGCUGUACUUUGGUUUGAAUGAAUACAGCAAAUCCCUCCAAUGGGGAGUCACAAGUCCCCUUUUGAGAUGUGAUGAAACCUUUGAGAAAAUGGUCAACACACUUUUAGAAAGGUACCCCCGGCUGCACAGCAUGGUGAUUCGCUGCUACCUUCUCAUUCAGCAGUAUUCCCAAGCUCUGAUGGCUCUCACGACCAUGGCCUCACUAAGAGAUCACAGCACACCUGAAACGCUCAGCAUAAUGGAUGACCUUAUCACUUCUCCAGGAAAGGAUAAGAAUGGCUGUGGCCACAUGCUCGUCAUUAGGGUGCCGUCUGUGCAGCUAGCCAUGCUAGCCAAGGAGAGGUUACAAGAAGUAAGAGACAAGUUAGGUCUGCAGUAUCGUUUUGAGAUCCUCCUCGGGAAUCCUGCUUCGGAGCUUGCUGUCGCCAAACACUUUGUGACACGGUUGAAGGCUUGGAGAGGGAAUGAGCAGGAGGACUGGAUCCCUCGCACCUAUCAGGAUUUGGAAGGUCUACCUUGCAUUGUUAUUCUAACUGGCAAGGACCCUCUAGGAGAAACUUUCCCCAGGUCGUUGAAAUACUGUGACCUUCGACUAAUUGACUCAAGCUACUUAACUCGGACUGCCUUAGAGCAAGAAGUAGGCCUGGCAUGCUGCUACGUCUCGAAGGAGGCAAUUCAAGGACCUAUUGUAGCUCUUGACCUUAGUGAGAAGGAGCAUGAGAAAGCUAAUGGUAGCGAGAAUGACUCUGAUGAGCUGUUGAUAGACUUGGACCGGCCCCAGAGUAACAGCAGUGCUGUCACUGGAACCUCAGGUUCCCUGGCAGACAAUGGUGUGAGCUCCUCGAGUGCUGCAGACAAGUCUCAGAAGCAAGCACCAUCGCUUAACUUUCAGACUGUGGUGCACAGCUCAGUAGAUGAGGGAACUUACCCCGGUUUCACAGCUGGAGAGACCCUGAAACAAGAAUGCGACUCCCUGGGUAACCAGAUGGCAAGCAGCACCACUUCGAAACUAUCAUCACUGUCUUCAGUCUCACAGACGUUUCGGUGGCCUGCCCAUUCGGCCAAAGACAGCAAGGCCCUCCGUGCUGCACUGCCACGCAUCGUCAUCCUGUCAAAAGCUGCCUACUGUCUGCUGAGUUCACAGAAAAGUGGGAAUUUGCCUUCCUCCUCUUCCCUCCUGCCUCAUGCUGACGUGUCUUGGCUGAGCUCUCUGAGGCCUCUGCUUCACAAGGACAUGAACAGUGAAGAGCAGUCUCUCUACUACAGGCAGUGGACGACAGCCCGACAGCACCACGCGGACUUCAGCAAUCAGGGUGAGACGUCUGGCUCGAGGAGUUUCCACCCCAGGCGGCUGCUUUUGACAGGACCACCACAAGUGGGAAAGACUGGCUCAUACUUGCAGUUCCUAAGGAUUCUCUUCCGCAUGCUGAUCCGGUUGCUGGAAGUAGAUGUGUACGAUGAAGAAGAGAUUAAUGCCAAUCAUACAGAAAACAGUGAGAUUACUCAGUCUAGCAAUGACCACUGGCCGGAUAUUGAGAUCUUCAGCAAAAUGUCUUUUGACCUGAAUGUACAUGACCCCAAGUACAGAAGUAUAAGUCCCGUAUACACAGAACAACUGUCAAGAGUGAAACAAGAAACAAGCAAAGAAACAAAAUCGGAGGAACCUAAGAAAAGGGAGACUGUGUCCAUGAUGUUGACUAAAUACGCAGCUUACAAUACGUUCCAUCACUGUGAGCAGUGCCAUCAGUAUAUGGACAUUAAUCCCACUGCACAGAUAUCUGACUCCACUCUGCAUGCAUUCACAUUUUCAUCCUCGAUGCUAGGAGAAGAGGUUCAACUGCAUUUUAUAAUCCCCAAGUCCAAAGAGAACCAUUUUGUCUUCAGCAAGCAGGGAAAACAUCUGGAAAGCAUGCGUCUCCCACUCGUUUCUGACAAGAAUUUGAAUGCAGUCAAGAGUCCUAUCUUCACUCCAUCGAGUGGGCGUCAUGAACAUGGCCUCUUGAACCUCUACCAUGCCAUGGAAGGCAUCAGCCACCUUCACCUCCUUGUAGUCAAGGAGUAUGAAAUGCCGCUCUACCGUAAAUACUGGCCCAACCACAUCAUGCUUGUCCUGCCAGGCAUGUUCAACAAUGCUGGCGUUGGUGCUGCCAGGUUUCUUAUUAAGGAACUUUCCUACCACAAUUUAGAACUGGAACGAAACCGCUUGGAGGAACUGGGAGUCAAGCGCCAGUGCGUGUGGCCGUUCAUCGUGGUCAUGGAUGACUCCUGCGUCUUGUGGAACAUGCACAGUGUCCAUGAACAGUCGAGCCAGUCCCUGGAGCCUGGGUGUUCCAGCAAGAACGUGUCUCUAAAGACUGUCCUCCAACACAUUGAAGCCACCCCCAAAAUUGUUCAUUAUGCAAUACUGGGUGUUCAGAAAUGGAACAGCAAGCUGAAUGCCAGAAAAUCCAAAGCUCCAUUCUCCAGGUGCCAUGUGCAUGAUUUUGUACUGCUCAACAUAGACCUGACCCAGAAUGUGCAAUAUGACCUAAACAGGUAUUUCUGUGAAGAUGUAGAUUUUAAUCUGCGGACGAACAGCAGUGGCCUGCUCAUCUGCCGCUUCAACAACUUCAGCGUCAUGAAGAAGCAUAUUCAGGUUGGAGGACAAAAGGACUUUGUCGUUAAGCCAAAAAUCAUGGUUUCGGACAGCCUGGCACCAAUAAUGCCUCUUCAGUAUGUCUGCGCCCCUGACAGUGAGCAUACGUUGUUGGCAGCGCCGUCUCAGUUCCUCCUGGAGAAGUUCCUUCAACACGCGACGUACAAACUCUUCCCAAAGGCCAUUCAUAACUUCAAGAACCCAGUCUUGGCCAUUGACUGCUACCUGAACAUCGGGCUCGAGGUGGCUAUAUGUUACAUUAGUUCCCGCCCGCACUCCGUCAAUGUCAACUGCGAAGGGGUGUUCUUCAGCGGACUGCUGCUCUAUCUCUGUGACUCCUUCGUUGGUGCAGACCUCCUCAAGCAUCUCGUGGCUCUGCCAGGUGCCACCCUGUGUGUCAUAUGUCAAGACAGAAGCUCGUUACGGCAGACAAUAGUCCGGUUGGAGUUGGAGGAUGAGUGGCAGUUCCGACUGCGGGAUGAAUUUCAAACUGCUAACAGCAGUGAUGACAAACCACUCUAUUUUCUUACUGGACGCCAUAUAUAA